AAUAAAUAUACUUUAAUUAAGUCAAUCCAAAGUCCACAAUCUCUCAUUCUGUUCUGGAUUCGGACCAAAUUUCAGAUGGCUCCACGCGGAACAAAAGAACAAAUAAAACACCAUAUUUAGUUAGUAAGAAUUGACCAAAUCAAACUCCAAAGUUCAAACCUUUAAUUAAUAAAAACCCCUUUCUACAGUUCUUCUUUCCCACAAAAAUCAAACGUUUUCAAAACCCAAAAAAAGUCCAACGUUUUUCAUACUAACAUUUCUCGAAAUGGUGAUGCCUCGUCAUCAUCAUCUCUUCUUCGUCAUCAUCUUGGCGCUUUCAUGUCUUCCGGCCAUACUCUCUGAUUUAUCAGCAGACAGAGCCGCCCUUCUCCGCCUUCAAGCCGCCGUCGGCGGCCGAACGCGUGGAUGGAACGCCUCCAGUCCAAACCCCUGCGUGUGGCAAGGGGUGAAUUGCAGCAACUCCACUAAUCGGGUCGUUGCCCUCCGUUUACCCGGGGCGGGUCUUUCCGGUCAGUUACCGGAGAAUACCAUCGGAAGUUUGACGGAGCUUCGAACCCUGAGUCUCCGGCACAACUCCCUUUCUGGGAACAUUCCGUCCGAUUUGGGCAACUGUUCUAAUCUACAGUACCUCUAUCUGCAUGAUAACGGAUUUUCAGGUCAGAUUCCACAAGGGUUCUUUCAGUUGAGGAAUCUUUUCCGUGUCAAUUUUGCUCAUAAUAAUCUUUCGGGAGUUAUAUCUCCGGAUUUCAACAAUUUGGGCAAUUUAAGAACUCUGUAUUUGGAAAGUAACCAGUUCAAUGGUCCACUUCCGGAGUUGAAUAGCUUGUCUAAUUUACGAGAAUUUAAUGUUUCGUUCAAUAAUUUGACGGGCUCAAUUCCUUCUAGAUUAAAAGACUUUUCUCCCCAAUCUUUUCUGGGAAAUUCACUUUGUGAUGGGCCUUUGAAUGCAUGCCCUGAUCUCGGGAGGAGUAAGAGUAAACUUUCCGGUGGAGCCAUAGCCGGAAUUGCAGUAGGAUCAUCUAUUGGGUUUAUCUUGGUUUUGUUAUUGAUUCUUUUCUUAUGGAGAAAAUUCGGAAAAGGUCGACCUUCCAGGCAGAAUGAUGAGCCAAAAAUACCUAAGAAGCUCCCUCAAAAUGAUUUCAGAAGUCCUAGGCCUCUCAUAGGAAGAGAUAAUUUAUAUAAUUACGGGCCAAAUAAGGCUUCAUCGGGUCCUCCGAGUGGAAGGGUUCAGCAAGGUGGUGACACCAGUAAUGGUAUUGGAAAUACUGACAUAGUAUUUGUUGGGAACAGAGUUGAAAAAUUCGGGUUGGAGGAACUGUUGAGAGCUUCUGCUGAGGUAUUAGGGAAGGGGAACAUUGGAACUACUUAUAAAGCUUAUGUUGACAUGGGCAAUGAAGUUGUUGUCAAAAGGGUUAAAAAUGUAUGCGUCUCUCAGCAGGAAUUUAUGGAAAGAAUUGAACAGUUAGGAGCUUUGAAGCAUGAGAACCUGGUGCCUAUUGUAGGAUACUUCUAUGGCAGGGAUGAGAAGCUUCUCCUCUUUGAAUCCAUGCCUAUGGGAAGCUUGCAUUCUCUCUUACAUGGAAUAAGAGAUGCAGACAGAACAUCCUUAACUUGGGUAGUUAGGAUCAGGAUAGCUUUGGGGACUGCUUCUGGUUUGGAGUAUAUACAUUCCCUUGGAUGGAAUAUAAGCCAUGGAAAUGUCAGGUCCUCCAACAUUCUCCUCAAACAGUACUAUGAUGCAUGUGUUUCUGAAUACUGCAUAUCAAAACUUGUUUCCCCAUUGCCAACUUCCAACUUGUUGGGAUACAAAGCACCAGAAGUGGUGGAUUCUCGGCAGGUGUCCCAGAAGGCAGAUGUCUACAGUUUUGGCGUGCUUAUUUUGGAAUUACUUACUGGUAAAGAACCCACAAAAGCUCUUGAAGAUGAAGGAAUUGACCUGCCUAAAUGGGCUAAAUCAGUUGUUCAAGAGAAAUGGACUAUUGAAGUCUUUGAUCCUGAGCUGCUAAAGCAUCAGGACGCUUCCGAGGAGCAAAUGGUGCAACUUUUACAUCUUGCGAUUUCGUGCACAUCCCAAUACCCUCACAAGAGACCAUCAAUGAAAGAUGUGACGACGCGCAUCAAAGAGAUUUCGGGUAUUUCAUUUUCCGAGUGAUAAAUUUUCCAUCAGAGCACAAGGAAGAAAGUCCGAUCAUAUUCACAUCUUUUGGAGAGUUUGAAGGAGACAGGUGAAUCGUCUACCAUUGAAUCCUCGUUUUGUAACUUCUGAAGAUCUUUGACUAGUAUAUUCUUUGAAUCACCUAACAAACAGUGUACGAAUUCCAGGCAGGUCCUCCGCUUCAAUUUGAUCAGUUGUAUGAAUUUUCUUCUUACGUUGAAGAUGUCCAUAUUUGCUCAGAGACUGAAGUCAUUUGCUGUAAAUUAUGAUUGAUCUAGUCCAGUGUUCUAUAUUCAUGAGAAAGACUUCAACAUAAUCACCAUUUGGAUGUCUUCUUAUCAAUAGCUCAUCAAUCUCUAUAAACCAGGAAAAGACUGUGUUUUGCGGCUUUUGCCAAAGAAUGUUACUCCCUCCAUCACAAAAUGAUUGACAUUAUGUAUUAAGAAUAAGCAUAAAAGUGCACAUCCAUCCGUUUUCGGCACAAUCUUUAGACCUUGGGGCAUAGUCGUUUCACCUUCAAAAUUACAUUAGCCGUUUACGUCUGUUGGUUAAUUAAAAUGAGGAGCAUAAGAGUUUUCUGGAAAAUCCACAGAUGACGAGACUACUCAAGUUAAUUUAGACUCCAAACUGCGACAAACAAAGGCUCAAUCAACAUCUAGAUUUGGAUUCUGUCUUGGCUUUCCAUUAUGUUAGAAAACUCUUUCUACUUACUAUCUCCUGAACUUCUCAGAAUAGAAGAGAGCAGAGAAACUGAGAAAGUAAUAUUGCGGCCAAAGUUUAAGCCAAACCACGCAACUGACUUUGCAUGCUUCCUGUCAAAUUUCAAGUUCUGGCACAAUUUCUGAUUGCUCAUUCUUCCAUCUUAAUCAUAUUUCAGGAUGUUUUUCUAUACAUGAUUCUAUGUGUUUUUU